UCCCGCCAGCCGCUCCGCAGAUCAUGGCCCCGGCGGCGGCCCCGGCGGCGUUUGCCCCCCAACUCGGCCAGGACCUGAUGACCCCGGAGCCCCACUUCCUUCCUGGCUACGGCGGUUACUGUCCCCGCUACAAGUUCACCCUGGGCCAGACUUACGGGAAGCUCACGUGGCAGCUGCUGGCCGCCCCCAGCCGCUCGGGCCGGCCGCUCCUGCAGCCCAGCUGCGCCCCGAAGGAGCGCCCGGGGCUCGGCCGGAGGGCCCGGGGCAAAGGCUGCGGCGGGGUCCCGGGCUAUACCGGAUUCGUCCCCAGGGCCCAGCACCACUUUGCCAAGACCUAUGGAGAAAUCUGCAGGCAGGCCUGGCUGGAGUUUGGGCCACAGCGGGGCCAAGCCGGGGAGGGGACCGAAGCCCCCCAGCUGGAAAAUGGACCUCGCCCUGCCCUGCCCACGGCUGGCACGGAUGCUGCUGCUGCCCCCCUGGCUUUCGGGGCCCCAGGCAGGCCCCCUGCGUGGGAGAGGACCUUCCUUCCAGGCUUCACCGGCUAUGUGCCUCGGCUCCAGUUCCUGAUCGGAGCAGGCUUCCCCGUUCUGGCCCACCGGGCCAUGCUGGAGUUUGAGGAGAUGCUGGGCAAAACCGGGCGGGACUCUUCCCAGAGGGGGGAUCCCCUCCCGCCCCUGGCCAAGACGUACCCCACAGACAGGGGCCUCCUGCCCCACUACAGAGGCUACGUGCCAGGUUACAAGUUCCAAUUCGGCCACACCUACGGCCACCUCACCCGUGACGCCCUGGGCCAAACCACCUUGGAGAAGCAGGUGCGGGACGUCACACAGUAGAGGAAUUCGUGGCUCCCUCGCCAGCACCCUCUCAGAGCCCACUGCGCCAUCCUGCGUGGGCUGUGGCCGCGUAACACAGGCUGUGGGGCUGCUGGUGCCAGAGGCUCCCCAGAUUUCUGGGGCUCUUGAGCUGCCCGUCUCCGGAUCCAUGGCACUCCGAAAGGCACCGAGUUCCCGGGAGCCCCGUUUUCCUAGCUGGGAGGCCAUUUCCCUGGGAGGGGAGGGGCUGCGCCUGCUUCUGAGCCCCUUGGCAAGAAGCAGAAGGGAACCCCUGGGGUCCCGGGGGGUGAUCACUCUACACAGGAGGUGGAAGGGCUUCAGUGGAGGCCAGCUGUGCCCCCUCACCACGCGGUACCUUCAUAUGCCUUCUCUGCCCUCAGUGGCGCCUGGAUCCCCCUCUGACACCCUGUGGCGCAAAGGACCUUUCACCAGCCAGGUUCAGGCCCUGGCAAGGGUUAACCCAUGCCUUGGUGACCGCCCUCCAUUAUGGGCCCCCCUGUGGCUGCUGCAUUGGGGUGCUGCGGGAGGGAGGAGGUGCGUCCGAGGCGGGGCCACCCAUGGGCUUCCCCUGGCAGCACAGCUCCCCACCCUGGGGACGGCCGUGCCUUCAGCCCGGAGGGCUCAUAGGGAGGACCCAAUGCCAGGGCAAGGUGACCUUUGGCUUCCAGGCUCUAAGCCAGAACGGUGGCACGAGACACAAGCCAGGACCCCCGCAAAUCACACCAUCGCAACCUGUGGAGCAAAGAGCGUGCCCUCCGAGUGCCCAGGAUC